GCCGUUUCUCAGCUUAUUGUUGUAGGACACGAUGCCAUUGACGGAUACGUGAGAAAGUGAAUAUGGAAUAGCGCUAGUCUUUUUAUUAUUGCUUUUAUUGUUAUGGAUCACUGACAGUUUUCGGGUUUAACCAUGGAACAAAGAAAAUACAAGCCACAGAGGGCGAGAGGAUUAUUGGUCGGCUGGAUGGUUGUUGUGCUUUUUUGGAGCGCGGUCUCAGCGCAAUCACGAUAUUCCAUCUCUGAGGAAGUUAACGAAGGAACUGUGGUUGGAAAUAUAGCGAAAGAUCUUGGACUGGAUAAAAGCACACUGAAGGAAAGGAAGUAUCGCAUUGUUUCAAGUAAUGCCGAUCCUCUUUUCCAUGUAAAUCAGAAUGAUGGUGUCCUGUAUGUGAGCCGAAAGAUUGACCGAGAAGAGGUGUGCGCGACAAUCAGUACGUGCUUAAUUAAUCUGAAAACUGUGCUAGAAAAUCCUCUCGAAGUGCAUUAUGUUGAAGUGGAGGUCUUGGAUAUAAAUGACCACGGUCCCACUUUCUCGGAUGAAGCGACACGCUUAGAGAUUUCGGAGUCCGUGUUGCCCGGAGCACGAUUUCAAUUGAAACCAUCACGUGAUCCAGACAGCGGUCAUUUCUCCGUGCAGCAAUAUAAACUAAGUCAAAACGAUCAUUUCCGUCUUGAAGUUAAGAAUAGAGGAGAAGACGGUAAAUUACCGAUAUUAGUUGUUCAAAAACCUUUAGAUCGAGAAACUGCAGGAAGCCACUCAUUAGUACUGACUGCACUGGAUGGAGGAAAACCUCCAAAAUCGGGCGAAAUGAACAUAACAGUGAAUGUUUUAGAUGUAAAUGAUAACGCACCGGUUUUCUCUAAAGAUGUUUAUUCUGUGGUACUCAAUGAAAAUGCUCCAAUGGGAACAACAGUUGUGCAAGUGAAUGCAACUGAUUUAGAUGAAGGUCCAAACGGAGAUGUCGUUUACUCCUUUAGCAACAGUAUGAAUCAAAAUAUAUUGAAUCUAUUUGCUAUCAAUCCUUCAUCAGGCGUACUAACUGUUAAAGGUUUCAUAGAUUAUGAAGAGAAGGACAGAUAUGAAAUUGAAAUUGAGGCAUCAGAUAAAGGACUAGCUCCUUUUAAAACAGACAAAAGCGUGAUUAUUAAGAUAGUUGACAUUAAUGAUAACGCACCUGAAAUUGAAGUAACUUCAUUUUCAAGUUCAAUCCCUGAAGAUUCGAGACCUGGAACUACAGUUGCACUCAUUAGUGUAAAUGACUUAGACUCUGGUCUAAAUGGAAAAGUGGUUUGCUCUGUAAAUGAGGAUGUUCCAUUCACUUUAACGCCAUCAUUAAAUGACAAAAUGUACUCACUAGUAACCAAAUCACUCCUGGACAGAGAGAAAAGGGACAACUAUGAGGUAAUAAUAGUAGCAAAAGAUGCUGGUCAACCUCCAGUAUCUUCUGCAAAGAAAAUCCAUAUUGUGGUUUCCGAUGUGAAUGACAACAGUCCAGACUUUUUAAUUAGUCCCUAUAUUUUCUAUGUUUCUGAAGCUAAUGAUCCAGGGACCUCUUUGUUUGCUGUUAAAGCUUUUGACCAUGAUGAGACAGAGAAUGCUCUUAUAUCUUAUCAUAUUCUCAGAAAUGGAAGUGAAAAAAACAAAGUCGCUUCAUUUCUCAACAUCAACUCUGAAAAUGGAGAUAUUUUGGCCCUUAAAAGUUUUGACUUUGAAACCCUGAAAACAUUCCAUUUUCAAGUUGUCGCCACAGAUUCUGGGACUCCGUCACUGAGCAGCAACGUCACGGUGCACGUGUUCAUUCUGGAUCAGAACGACAACGCUCCGAUCAUCUUGUAUCCUCUCAGCUCUAACGGUUCUGUUGAAGGUGUGGAGGAGAUUCCCCGCAAUGUGAACGCAGGACACUUGGUGACUAAAGUCAGAGCCUAUGACGCUGAUAUAGGAUAUAACGGCUGGUUACUGUUUUCACUGCAGGAAGUUACUGACCACAGUCUCUUUGGGUUGGACCGCUAUACAGGACAGAUCAGAACACUUCGCUCGUUCACAGAGACGGACGAGGCUGAGCAUAAACUGGUCAUACUGGUGAAAGACAACGGGAACGUUUCACUCUCAGCAACAGCUACUGUGAUUGUCAAAGUUGUGGAGCCCAAAGAGGCUUUUGCUGCUUCGGAUGUUAAAAGUGCAACAAGUGACGAGGACGAUAAUAACGUGACUUUUUACCUGAUGAUAACUUUGGGCUCAGUUUCAACACUUUUUCUCAUCAGUAUCAUCGUGCUGAUUGCAAUGCAGUGCUCUAAAUCCACAGAGUAUACUUCUAAAUAUCUACAAGAGACUAAUUAUGACGGGACACUGUGUCACAGCAUCCAGUACAGAUCUGGAGAGAAACGCUACAUGUUAGUUGGACCCAGAAUGAGUAUAGGAUCUACUAUAGUCCCGGGAAGCCAUGCGAAUACACUGAUGCUCCCUGACAGGAGGACACAUGGAGAGGUAAGCAGGUCUACCAGGCCAAAACUUUUAUUGUAUUUAUCUUGUUUAAUAUUGCCCCUCUUUUCAUGAGCUGUGUGGCUCAAUUGGUCAUAGCAUUA